CAGCCCGGGCGAGAGGCAGAGCCCAGGCGCGCGGUGCUUCUCGGGAACACUGGCCCUGCUACCAGAGCCACAGGAUCCCCCAUGAGUGCCUGUGAAGGGAGUCCUGGAUAGCGAGGCCCUGGCUGGUCCAGGGGUGGGUACUCCGCCAUGCCACCCAUCCUCCAGCGCCUGCAGCAGGCCACCAAGAUGAUGAGCCGCCGGAAAAUCCUGCUGCUGGUGCUAGGGUGCAGCACCGUAAGCCUUCUCAUCCACCAGGGGGCGCAGCUCAGCUGGUACCCCAAGCUGUUCCCCUUGAGCUGCCCUCCUCUGCGAAACUCGCCGCCGCGCCCCAAGCACAUGACCGUGGCCUUCCUGAAGACUCACAAGACGGCAGGCACGACGGUGCAGAACAUCCUGUUCCGCUUUGCCGAGCGCCACAAUCUGACGGUGGCCCUGCCGCACCCAAGCUGCGAGCACCAGUUCUGCUACCCGCGCAACUUCUCGGCGCACUUCGUGCACCCGGCCACGCGGAGGAGCUGUGGCUGGAGCCAUGAGGAUGGGGGCGUGGACUCAAGGUCCCCCGCCACCUGGCAUAGGCCCACAACCCUCCUCAACUGCUUGACUGACUAG